AACCCCCAACACAAUUAAACACUAGAAACAGCAAGGGGCGACCAGAUUUCCCUGAACACAACACAAAGAAAAUAUGGCUAGAAUCAGCAUGGCACAAGCUGUUACAGCUCUGGUUUUAUCAGCAGCGACGCUGUUGCAUGUCACAUAUGCCGUCAAUUAUACUGUUGGUGACACUACUGGCUGGACUCGCCCAUCUGAUUCCACCUUUUACACCACCUGGGUUGCUAGUAAAACCUUCAGAAUCGGUGACUUUCUAGUCUUCAACUUCGCUACAGGAUCACACGACGUCGCCAUAGUCACAGUGGAUGCUUAUAACAGCUGCAACGUCUCAAAUACCAUCCAAGUUUUACCAACUGGACCAGUGACUUUGAGCCUCAAUACCACUGGUGAACACUAUUACAUGUGUACCAUUGCUGGCCACUGCGCCGGUGGCCAAAAGCUAGCCGUUAACGUUGUCGCCAACACAGCCUCUGGUCCUUCUGGCUCCACAACCCCUACCAGCGCCGCCUCAUCAUCACGUGGCCUGACUUUCGCUUUCUUGAUAGUUAUUGUCAUCGGCUUAUUCUGCUAGUUCCACUACUUGAUAGCAUACUUGCUUCUAUAUAUAAUCUGGGUUUUUCGUUUUA